GCUGCUGUUCUUCCCAAUUUCUUUCAUUACAAUCCCUGUUUCUAUAUACUUUCAAGCUCCCUCAAUUAAUUUUCCUCCAUUGGUUAAAGGUUAAUUAGUCUCCAUUGCUAGAGCAGAAAUUAUGAGAGCAUUUCAGUGCUGCUCCAAACGUAAUGCCUCCUGAUUUAUUACGUUGGCCCACCGUGUCAGAGGCAGAUGCUGGAGGUAUGGCAGUACAGGUUGGACUUUCUUGACGAUAUUUUAUUAGGUUCAAGUCCAACAUUAUAAAGGCUUACUGAGAUCGCUGGCCAAGCUAGAAUCUGCAGCAUAACUUCACCCCCUUCAAGGGUUAUGACAGGAUUGGGUUGAGAUCCAGGAGACAGAUGGUGAAAUUUACUCCCGGCAAAAUAAAAUAAAAUAAAAUAAAUAAAGUGAAGGCAAGUGUUUGUGAGGUGGUAAAUGCUACAGAAGAAGCUUUCGAACUUCAAAGAAAAUACUGCAGACACAAAAGCGUUAUUUCCCUAAGGUGGUCAUUCCUCUCAGCAGAAUAUCACCAUCAAGAACCUCUUCUGUGUCUGUGCUUCCAGUCCUGACUGUUACGCUGUCCAAGGCUUUCUAAAAACUUCUGCUUUUCCUCUCUAUUUUGACCUGAAUUUGUCAUCAAUUUGUACCUGUUUAGCAUGUUUUUACAUUCAGGCUCCCAGAUAGCAGUUUCUCCAGACACGAACUAUUUUGCUGCUGACUGGCUGGGAGUUGAAGUGACCAGGGCGACUCUUGGGAUCAUUGGGAUGGGCAGAAUCGGGUAUAAAGUGGCUCAGAGAGCCAGAGCCUUUGAAAUGAAGAUCCUGUACCACAACAGGAACCGCAGGAGCCAGGAGGAGGAGCAGGCCGUUGGUGCCUGCUACAGUGAGAUGGAAGACUUGCUGCAGCAAUCUGACUUUGUUAUGCUGGUUGUGAACCUGACGCCUCAGACUGAAAAACUGAUUGGGAAAAAGGAGCUGGGGCUGAUGAAACCCACAGCCACUCUUAUAAACAUCAGCCGAGGUGCAGUUAUUGAUCAAGAUGCAUUGGUGGAAGCUCUCCAGAAUAAGACUAUUAAGGCUGCUGCUCUGGAUGUGACAUACCCUGAGCCUCUGCCAAGAAAUCACCCUUUAUUGAAAUUAAAUAACGUCAUAAUAACCCCACAUAUUGGAACUGCAACAGUUCAAGCCACCCACAUGAUGGCAGAAGAAGCAAUAGCAAAUAUGCUGUCUGUUCUCAACUGUCAACCCAUUCCAAGUGAAGUGUUUCCCCAGUGAUUUGCACCAGACGACAGUGCUAAAUCUCUGACUUGUGAGGAGGCACAAUUUCAUACAGGACCACUGUUUAAAAACAAAACAAAACAAAAAAACAAAAAAAAAAAACAAAGAGAGAGCAGCUUUGUUCCAGCACAGCUCUUUUUGUCAGUAUACUGCAAGGCUGUCAACUCACUCAGCUUACUCUGUACUGGCAUUUACAAAAUCAAAACAAUGAAGUGGAACAGCUAAAACUGUUUUGUUUGAAUACUUUGAUGUCUUCAUGAAUGAUUUCUACAGGGUUCCAUUAAUGAGUGCUGGUCCCUUUUCAAGCACCAUCUCUUUUUGAAAAGGACGGGAACUGGCAAUUGCAAUAUGUCAGAAGUCAUGCAAGCGAGCACAGGAUGGGCUUGGCUUGAUCUUCUAGAGAUGAGGUGGAAAAUCAGUGUCUAGCAAACGGAAGUAAGGUCAGGUGACAGGAGUGAACUACAGAUACGCUGUUCACCUCUGCGGGAAGAGUAUUCAUGUGGCCAAAGCUCAACUAGAGUUGCAGGUGGCCUGUACUGUGGGAGACAGAUAUUAAAAGCACGUUUUAAAUUACGUCAAUAGCAAGAGAAAGAUCAGAUUUUUCUGUGACUUACUGGAAAACACACAGAAGACGGGAAAAAGCAGCCCAAACUGAAUUGACAAGAUGUUGUCUCAGAACUGACUUACAGCUGUUCAGCUGUUAAGCCUGGGCUCAGAAAGCCCCACUGCGUGAGCAUCUCACCUUUUGAGCACAGACAUUCCCUGCUUCAGCCAUGGAUCUGCCAGCAAUGUCAAGGGGCAGGCUGUGGAAGGGGCCACCUUCAACCCAGGCAAAGAAGCUGUUGGCAAAGCUGUCAGUGUGCAGAUGAUAUAGGCACACUCAUGACGCUAGAGAAGAUUCCCACUCCGAGAUGGAGCAGGGACUGGGCUUCCCUCCCCAUCUCCUCACGCAAGGUUCCUGCCUUGGAUUUUACCACCCUCACAGCACAUUGUGGCACCCAUGCAGCUCUGAGUAGCCCUGCCAGUGCAGGCCUAGGAACUCUAGGAAGGGGAGCACCUGGCUUUGCCAGGCACCCACAGUAAAGCGUGUGUUUCACAGUGA